CGCAAACCCUAGCUUGCUUAAACCCUGCAUUCCUGAACAACGUCUUUUCUCUGAACAACAAAACCCAGCAAAACCAACUGCUUCUCAAGAUGGGUAUACCUGCGUUCUAUCGAUGGCUGCUCGAACGGUACCCUCGUUCCGUUGAGCCGGCAAUGGAAGAAACUCCGGCGGUCGUCAACGGCGUUACCGUCCCAAUUGACACUACCGGACCAAAUCCUAAUGGAUACGAAUUUGAUAACUUGUAUCUCGAUAUGAAUGGGAUUGUACACCCUUGUUUUCAUCCUGAAGGCUUGCCUCCUCCGAAGACCUACGAUGAUGUGUUCAUGGCAGUAUUCAAGUAUCUUGAUAGAAUCUUUUCAAUCAUUAGGCCCCGGAAGCUUUUAUUCAUGGCGAUUGAUGGAGUUGCACCGCGUGCUAAAAUGAACCAACAGCGAGCAAGACGUUUUAGAGCUGCUAAAGAUGCAGCUGAUGUAGCUUCUGGAACAGAGAAUCUGAGAGGGAUACAUGAAUCAAAAGGGGAAGAUUCAUCAGAUACUAAAAUACUGGAUUCUAAUGUAAUCACUCCUGGAACUGAAUUCAUGGCUAUGCUGUCGUCUGCACUACAAUACUAUGUACAGACAAGAAUGAAUGAGGACCCAGGCUGGAAAGGAAUCAAGGUUAUUCUCUCUGAUGCUAGUGUACCUGGUGAAGGAGAGCACAAGAUUAUUUCUUACAUCCGCUUGCAAAGGAAUCUGCAUGGAUUUGAUCCUAACACACGGCAUUGCUUGUAUGGAUUGGAUGCAGAUCUGAUUAUGCUUGCACUUGCCACCCACGAAGUUCACUUCACGGUUCUAAGAGAAGAUGUUCGCAAAGCACACUCCAAGGAUAGAGGUCCAAAACUCGUGAAACAUGUCCGAGUUGCAAAAUGUGGCAAGGAGUUAGAAAAAUUUAUAUCACAACAGAAGUUUCAGCUUCUCAGAAUAUGGGUUCUCAGGGACUAUCUAGCUUAUGAUUUACAAAUACCAGAUUCAGCAGUUAAAAUAGACCUGGAACGACUGAUAGAUGAUUUCGUUUUUAUGUGUUUAUUUGUUGGAAAUGAUUUUCUACCACACAUGCCUUCAUUGGAGAUAUCAGAGGGGGCCAUUGACUUGCUCAUGAAUGUCUACAAGAAGGAAUUUGUCCAAAUGGGUGGUUACCUUACUAAUUCUGUUGAGGUUAAUUUGAAAAGGGUGGAGCAUUUCAUACAAGCUGUUGGUUCAUGUGAAAAUAGGAUCUUUAAAAAGCGCAUACAGGCAAGAAAAGAAUGGGAGAGGCCAAUGAGACAUCAUUCAACUAAAUCAGAUACUAAAGGGAAUCAAACUAAAAGCCAUGCAAAUUUCAAGACUGCUUUGGAAGAUGACAAGGUUAAAUUAGGGGAAGAGGGCUGGAAAGACAGAUAUUAUGCAGAAAAAUUUGGGGUUGAAUCUGUUGAAGACUGUGAUAGGGUUCGUAGGGAUACGGUUUUGAAAUAUGCUGAAGGGAUAUGUUGGGUGAUGCAUUAUUACUACCAAGGAGUCUGCUCCUGGCAAUGGUUUUAUCCUUACCACUAUGCUCCCUUUGCAUCUGAUUUUCAUGGUUUUGAUCAAUUAGACAUAACUUUCACACUAGGCAAGCCCUUCAAGCCUUUUGAUCAGUUGAUGGGUGUCCUUCCAGCUGCAAGUGCACAAGCACUCCCUCUUUCGUACAGGAAGUUGAUGACAGAUCCAUUAUCCCCCAUUUUGGACUUCUAUCCUCCUGAUUUUGAGCUUGACAUCAAUGGAAAAAGGCAUUCAUGGCAGGCUGUGUGUAAGUUACCAUUUAUUGAGGAAUCCCGUCUUCUCUCAGAGAUAGCAAAAGUUGAGAAUACAUUGACGGAUGAAGAAAAGAAGAGAAACAGCCUUGGACUUGAUAUGCUAUUUGUUCAUGGAUCACAUCCUUUAGGUGGAAAGAUUUUUUCAUUCUGUGAACGGAAUAAAGAUAAUCCAAAGUUGACACAGACAAAAGUGAAGAGGAAAAUCAACCCAAAAUUCAGCCAUGGAAUGAAUGGGUACAUGUAUAUUUCUGAUAACCCUGUGUGUCCUAUAGAGAUACCUUCACCAAUCAAUGGCAUGGAUAUGAUAAGAGAGAACAACGUAAUAUGUGUAUUUUAUAAAGUCCCUUCUUUUCAUCCUCAUAUUACCAGACUGCCUGAAGGAGUAAUAUUGCCUGGAAAGGCUAUCAAAAAGCAUGACAUCAAGCCGCCUCCAAUGCUGUGGCAUGAGAAGACUGCCAUUACCACAGGGAGAGUCACCGUAAGGCCUAUGCCUCCCAAGUCUAUAUCGGGAUCUUGUUUGGCGAGGUUAGCUCAUCGGCUUGUUUUGGAAAAUCUUAUUGUGAAGGGACAAGGAAAUGGGGUUAACAUGGCAUUGCAAGCACCUUUGUCAGACCAGACAUGUCCUGACGAUGAAAACCUUGAUAAAUGCAGCAGGAAGAGGAAGCGUAAUGCUGAAAAAAGAAAGGCUCAGCAUGAACAAGGAAAUGGGGUUAACAUGGCAUUGCAAGCACCUUUGUCAAACCAGACAUGUCCUGACGAUGAAAACCUUGAUAAAUUCAGCAGGAAGAGGAAGCGUAAUGCUGAAAAAAGAAAGGCUCAGCACGAACGCAAGAGACAGAAACUUAAACAACUGGAGGAUGCCAUUGCUGACCCUUCACAAAAGAGUUCCAUUGGACCGGCAGUGUAUGCUUGCAAUAAUGCUCCCGAGCAAUGUACAGCGAUUUCAGGAAAAAUCUCUGGGGAGAUAUCAACCUGUGCGUAAUCACGAGUGCCUGGCAUAACAAAAGACCAGAGCACUUGUUUGCAGGUAUUCAAAUUCUGGAUGGUUCAAUUACUUCUUGCUAUUGUGCAGGAGACAUCUAUACAAAUUUUAGUCCAUUGAUUUCCCAACCUACCUGAAGUUGCUGCAUUUGAGGUGUUGUAUCAUGUAUGUUUAGUAUUGUGUAGCUGUAGCUGCUGGCCAUUGCUUCAAUUUUGUUCUGUUGACCCCUUGAGUCCUAACACCCAUACCGGUACGGGAAACAUAAAAUUUUCUACUGAGUAGCAUUCCUGAAUGUACGAGUUUUAGUUUGAUAUAUAUUGUUGGGUAAUGUUAGAAUCUAAGAUUGGGUCAAGGUCAAUUAGUUUAACUCAGAACUUUAUAAAAUCCAUAUAUUUUUUAUUAUAUUUUCAA